GGACAAGGGGAGCGAGAGCUUUAGUCCGACUCGGCGACGUCCUUGCGUCGGUUCGUCGUCGCUGCGCUGUCUCGGGGAAUCGUGUGGCAUGCGCUCGCACAAGUGGCCCGGAUUGGCUGUAGCCGCGAUCGGCUGUGUGAUUUCGGCUGACGUGUGCACGCGGUGAGUUUUCGCUCGGGGUUUACCGCACACGCGUACAGCGUUAUACUCCUGUGCUUCCUCCUGUAUAGCCCUGCCUAUGCGGUCGAGAGCGAGAGAGGAACGGAUGGUCGGAGCAAUUUCGUAAACUCGAUCUACUGCCAGUGUGUGCGUGGGUGGAACAAUCGGUUUCGAGCUCGCGCUCCGAUAAUAUUCGAUUGGCCUCUUUUUCACUCGGGCUCAUUUGCGGCCAUUGUAUCGCGUUACAGCGAACGGGACCAGGCGACGCUCUCUCUAAAGCCAUUGUCACCCGAUCAUUGUUAUCGAAAUUCCGGCCCAUUGGCGUAAUUAAUGUUUAAAUUACGCUAAUGAACGGAACGCCUCGAUCGGUCUUUCCUCCCUCACUCUCUUAUAAAACUCUCUCUCGACCCUCAAUUUUCAGCAGUGUGAGCAAGUAACGCGCUGAAAAUGAUGCGCGAAGCAGUGCGAUACGACCUGUUAAGCAGAGGCAAUGAAGCGCGACAAACUUUCCUCGUGAACGAGAAGAAGAAGACGAAGACGACGACUAGUCGACAGCUUGAUCAGUAGUGCACAAGCGGUCGGGGUAUACCGCCGACAGUCGUUACAGGAAGAGCAGAGCCGAGUACAGCAGCAGUAAGCAGCCAGUCAAUAUGCGAUCUUCGCGCAGCCCGACGAUACUCGCUGUACCACGGAGCUUUCUGUUGAUCGUCGCUUUGACGUCAGGAGUGCUGUCCAUCAACAUAACGACAGUGGACAUCCCGUACCUGAUAAAAGCAGGCAGCUCCGAGCCGAUUGUCCUCGACUGCAAUUACGAGCUGGGCAGUUCAGCCACGGACGGCCUCGUCAUCAAGUGGUUCGUCAAUCAGGAUGUGCUGUAUCAGUGGAUUCACGGCAUGCAGCCAUCGGGCAGCGACGAGUUUCGGAAGUACAUCGACGUCUCGUUCAAGGCGAGCGACGACCCGCGCACAAUGUACCGGGCGGUCAAGCUGGUCAAGCCCAGCCACGAGCUCAGCGGUAACGUCAAGUGUCUCAUAUCGACUAUCUACGACGAGGCCGAGGCCGUCAGGAAGAUGCUCGUUUACUCGCCGGAAAAAAGCUUACGGCUGCAUCAGCCGGUGCUGAAUAAAACUGCGAACCGCCUCACCGUCACUUGUCUCGCUGAAGACCUUUAUCCACGGCCUAAGAUCAUUAUUCAUCAUGACAGAAUACCAAUCAAGCUCCAAGAGGAAAUAUAUAAAAACAACACCGACGGACGCUUCAAAGCCGAGGCCAUAGCUGUCCUGGAGGCGGACAAAGUCGAACUCCCGGCGAUAUUCAGAUGCGAGGUUUCCAUCCCAGAGGCCAACUACACGUCUGUCAGAGAGUACGUCUACAACGCCACGUACCCUGCCUAUCGCUACUGAUACUUGCUCUGAACCUCAUCGUAUUCAAGAGGUACUAGUGAGGACAAAACUGCUUGUCAACAAUAUGUCCAAGUGCCUAUACUAGGAAUCAAUAUAAGUGGACGAAUAUUUGAAAUCGAGGGAGAGGAGAGAGGGAGACGGAAGAGAAUUUAAGAAAAAAAAGGAAACAGAGACAGAACUUUAUCGUUGUGCCGGGCAAUUAUAAAAAUUAUAAUGAAAGAAUACGACUGAUUCGAUCGCGACAAAGGCGAGAGAGAGAGAGAGAGAGAAAUAUAUAGUUAUGCAAGUUUAAGGUGUUGCCAACUUGUGUUUAAAAAAUAAAUGUUAAUUAAGGUCUAAAUGGACAACAUAUAAUAUGUGUGUACAUGUUUUACAAAAAAAAGUUUAGAUAAACAAUACUCAUGAGUGUGAGUCAGUGUAUAUACGUAUGUAUAUAAGCGUUUGUUUGAAGAAGAUAUAAAUGAUAUAUGAUUUGAUUGUUAUUUGAAUGUCGAAUCAGCCACACUCUGUUCAUCCGAAUAUACGAGUCGUCGCGUUUCCGGGUAGUGAUUAUACUUAUGAUUUGUGCAGUAGUGAAAAUCUAACGUUUACGAAGCUAUUUUCAAUGUAAAGUAUGUAAAUAUACAAACAACAUUGCGUUUGUAAUUCGCAGCUGUGUUCUUCUCAUAUAAUUGAUAUAGAUCGACUGAAAUAUAUGAACUUUGCUUUAAACCGUUUUGUGAUAAAUGAUGUAACCUAUUUUUCAUUGAUUCAGUUACCAUCAUAAUCGACACUGGUCAAAUUCGAUAUUCGAAUUUUAAAAGCAUUGCGUACACUUCGAUUCCGAGUUUAUUAUAUUGUGAAACAAAAUCACGCCAAUUUGAUAAAUAUUACAAUAAAUUUAUUACAU